AUUGUUUACAUUUAUCGUAAAACACUGGUUAAACGUGAGAAAAACAGAUUGUGUUGAAUGAAUGUUCAAAAUUCACAUCAAAGCUUCUCAAUAAAUUGUUGAUGCAUAAUUUAUUGUCAUCCUACUGAGAUUGGUAACAAUACUAGUUUUACAAACAAGUGAUAUUAAUCAGAUAUCGGAAGAGAUGUUCGGCGUUUGACAUGAAUAUUGCAGACUGAUUUGCAAUACAGAGCAUCCCACAGUUGCGGAAUUAAUCCAUCCCAGCGCAAAUAGAACCGGAAACCUAUAUAUGCAUUAAAAAUUAAUUUUUGCACUGCCAAGACAGUUAGCAAAUACAGAGCGAUGCUUGAAUGAAGUAAGCCAUCUACUGAUAAGAUAAUAUCUAUUACAAACAGAGUGUGCAGCAUUCUGGUUCAGUGAUUCGUAGUGUCCAGUUCAGUAAAUCUAUUGUACUGAAAACAAUACCAGAAUGAUCUACACAAGCAAAAGCUUCCUGUUACAUCGAAAUUGUUUCAAAUUAUUGCAACGCUAUUCGAACAGAUUAUCAUCAACAGAUCGAACUAAAGGCGAUGAGCCAACGCCUAGCAAAGUUGGGGCUAACACCCAAAACCCCAUUUCAAGGACUAUGAAGCUGCUGGGUAAUGAUAUGAAAAAUUUGAAGGAGUUUCUGCUUCCAAGUCAGCAGGAAAAAGAUAGCACUGAUAGCUAUUUAGAACGAUAUCGAAGAGAAGACUUCCAAAACCAUUGCGACGUUCUUGUUAUCGGUGGUGGUGGCGUGGGAUCGUCAAUCGCCUAUUGGUUGAAAAAACGUGCCAGAAGUGGACUCAACGUGGUGGUAGUCGAGAAGGACUCUACUUAUCAGGAGGCAUCCACGUGUUUGUCGGUUGGGGGAUUGAGACAACAAUUUUCAAUUGUAGAGAACAUUCAGUUGAGUUUAUACGGCGCCGAAUUCAUGCGAAAUAUCAAGCAGCACCUCGGGGAGGAAGUAGAUAUCAAUUUCACCCCAUACGGCUACCUAAUGUUAGCCUCUGAACAAGGAGCAGAACAGCUGCAGGAAAACUCAAAACUUCAGAAUUUGUUGGGAGCUAAAAAUGAAAUUCUAACGGCGAAAAGAUUGAAGGAAAGGUUUCCAUGGAUGAACACCGACGGAAUUGAGCUUGGAUGCCAUGGUUUGGAAAAGGAGGGUUGGUUCGAUCCUUGGGCUCUACUGUCGGGAUUCAGAAAGCAGGCAAUAUCCUUUGGUGCGCACUAUGUGGAUGCAGAGGUUGUUGGUUUCGAAUUUCGCCAACAAUCAGAUAUUCUUGUGGAAGGCUUGAGUCCGGGUGAGUAUGAAGGACUUGAUAAGGCAUAUGUAAAGUUGAAAAACGGAGAAAUACGCGAUAUAAAAUUUGCUAUUGCCAUUAUUGCUGCUGGAGCGCAGUCGGGGAAAGUGGCAAAAAUGGCACGCAUCGGAGCCGGGAAGGGCAUACUGACCGUACCACUGCCUGUUGAACCGAGAAAACGUUACGUUUAUGUGUACCAGUGUGAAAACGAUAGAGGUCCAGGAAUAAAUACGCCACUUACGAUAGACCCCACGGGUACCUAUUUUAGACGCGACGGUCUAGGGGGUAAUUAUCUCGGCGGAAAAAGUCCACCACCCGAAGAGGAACCAUCGGUGGACAACUUAGAUGUAGACCAUGCGUUUUUCGACAGCCACGUCUGGCCAAAUCUGGCCAGAUUGGUGCCAAGUUUCGAAGCGAUCAAAGUGAAAAGCGCGUGGGCCGGGUAUUACGAGUUCAACACGUUUGAUGAAAAUGGAAUCGUGGGACCACAUCCCUACUAUAACAAUCUCUACAUCGCAACAGGAUUCAGUGGGCAUGGUAUCCAACAAACACCUGCUAUCGGCCGAGCUAUCUCGGAAAUGAUAAUUGACGGUGACUUCCGGACAAUUGAUUUGAAACGUUUUGGCUUUGACCGAAUAUUGGUUGAUCAACCGCUUUACGAGGCAAAUAUCGUAUGACAAUAGCUUCACAACUAGAAAAUGUGAGAUUUAAUAAACGUUUGAAACGUU